GUGACCUCAAAUCCAAUGGCUAUUGUAGCUACUUAUCCUACAUAUCCCAGUCACUCUGUAUAGAUUCUCCUCUUGUUAUAUAUAUAUAUCUAUAUUAUAAAAGUAGAGAUGCAUAAGGGAAACGGAGAGUGGAGUGAGAAGAAUGGAAGCGCAUGGAUGUUGCUGGAGAAGCUUACAUCCCAACUUCUUUCACAGCUCACAACCUUACAUCCUUAGCAUAUUUGCUAGCGUGUGUUAUGCAGGCUUGAAUUAUGCGUCUAUGGUCUCGCUCGACAAAGGGAUGAGUGCAUAUGUGCUUGUAGCAUAUGGAGAUGCCUUAGCAACGCUCGUCACAGCUGCCUUUGUGCUUGCCUUCGAGAGCAGGAUGAAUAGGCCGAAGAUGAAUAUGAUGAUACUCAUGGAAGUCUUCCUAUUGGGUCUCUUGGGGGCUGUGCUUGCUAGGACAUUAUAUUAUACUGGACUAGAACGUACUUCAUCGACAUUUGCAUCUGUCAUGUCCAACUUAUUUCCAUCAAUGACCUUCUUGUUGGCUAUCAUUUUCAGGAUGGAGAAAUUAGAGAUGAGGAAGAUAACAAGCCAGGCAAAGGUGGUGGGAACGGUGGUAGCGUUAGGAGGAGCCAUGCUCAUGACCUUAUACAAGGGCAUUAUCGUUAUUUCAAUGUCAUCAAGACACCCUCAUCAUUCUACGGCGCGGACAGCAUCAUCAUCAUCCGUGGACAAGGACUGGAUCAACGGCUCCCUGAUGCUUAUCGGCAGCGCUCUCACACGUUCUGGUUCCUCCGUCUUGCAGGCUAGGACAAUUAAGAAAUACCCAGCUCCCAUCUCUCUCACAUGCUUAACAAGCUUAUUUGGGACAUUCCAAGCAAUGGUUUUAUCGUUUGCUAUAGAGCGCAAAGCUUCAGUGUGGAAAUUGGGCUGGGAUCUUAGGCUCCUCUCCAUCAGUUACAGUGGUAUUAUGGUGUUUGGAGUGGCGACCUACAUCCAAUUUCUGGUCAUACGUAAAAGAGGCCCAGUCUUCGCAGCUGUCUUCAAUCCAUUAAGUACUGUAAUAGUCGCACUUGCUGACUUGCUUGUUUUGAGACAAAGUCUACACAUGGGAAGCAUGGUUGGAGCAAUUUUGAUUAUCUUGGGCCUAUACAUGGUUCUAUGGGCCAAGAACAAGGAAAACAAGAAGGAGAUGUCCUUGGACGAGGAAUUUUGCCAAGACACCAGCUCAAAUCCACCAAACACAAAUCAAGAUCCAAAACAUGUGGUUAAAGAACAAGAAGCUUGGUGAUGACAUUUUAGAGAUGAUCAAAAUGAGAUUCUUCCCAAUCUUGUCUUACCUUUUUUUUUUUUUUUUUUUUCUUCAAAUUCAACAAUGUGGUGUAAUGUUCCAUAAUCAUAUGGG